AUGCAUUGGCUGAAACGCAAACGCACAGAACACAUACCUAUCCACAAGCCUUCGACAACAUUUCCCUCGCCGCUUCGAUGCCUUGCUCAAUCACAAAAUCGUGAGUUUACGGAGGAAGAGAAUCCCUAUCUUUGUCUUCUGAAACUCGAUAAUGACCAUCGUUGUCAUUACCUACCAACACCGAACCGUUCUGAGAUAUCAACAAAUCACUUGUACAACAGUAUCGGUUGCAAGGAAGUGUCUCAUUCUUAUCAACCGCUGCGCAGACAUAAAAGCAGUCCUCGAAACAAACCUCCCCAAAAUUAUAAAGCAACUCCGAACAUCCCAGACAGAGGAGAUAAACAUCCGGUUUCCACCACCGUCAAUACUUUAAGGAACCUUUACGCGUGUUCCAUCUGCCAUAAAGUGUUUUCAACGGGUCAAGCACUCGGUGGUCACAAACGAUGUCACCACGAAAGGAAAAACGGAGGCAGUGUACUAACCAAAUCGAUAAGCCAGUUCAGAUGCGUGUCAAGCACACUUCCUAAAGAACAAAGCAACCAUGACCUCAUCGAUCUUAACCUCCCGCCGUUACCAGAGAUCAGUUUCAACACAACACCAUCGUUGAUGAAGGAAACAAUUUACUUCCUACAUGAGUUAUUUUCACUUAAAGGCAGAUUUAAGUCUUUUACUACAUUAUAG